AUGGUCGGAACAGAGACAACGCGGAACCCACGAAAGCAGGAGAAAAACCCCCCACGCCAAAUGAUCAAUAUGAUCUUCGGAUGGAAUGGGAUUACUGGGUUCACCUUUUCGGUAGCAAAGAAGGCGAAAAACGAUGCACUGGAAAUUUCUUUAAAUGUAUUAGAUUUUAAGAUUAAAAGUGUACUAGUGGGUCCAGGAAGUUCAACUAAUAUCAUACAAUGGAGAAACCUGGAGCAAGCUAAACUCAUCGGAAGCAUUAUUCCGGCAACAAAGCUUAUCACUGGAUUCAACCUCGCGAGCGUGACAAACCGGGGAGAGAUCUUGUUGCUCACGAACGCUGAAGAAGUAACUAAAACAACUUUGUUCGAAGUUGUAGACACAGACAUAGGAUACAAUAUCAUCCUGGGAAGGCCAUGGUUACACGAGAUAAAAGUUGUGCCUUCAACGUAUCACCAAUUGUUGAAAUUUCUGACACCCGAGGGGAUCAAGCAGAUAAGGGGUGAUCAAUCGACAACAAGGGAGAUGAAUGCAAUUUUGGUCUCUAGUAGCAAAGGAAAGGAGCGCGCAACAUAG